AUGUAUCAAUUGUUUCGCUUGUUAGUCCUCGUUUGCGCUGUGGCGCUUCCGGCCAGCCAUGCAAUCCCGGUCGAUCCUUCUUCUUCGCCGUCCGGCCAAAUUUCGACCUUUCAGCAGCCGUCGCCCGUCUCGUUUGCCUCUUCGCCAUCGGCAUCCAUGUCUCCGUCUGUCGGCAUGAUGCAGCCAACAGCUGUUGCUGGACGGGUCGUUGAACCUGUGGCUUUCAGCGCCGUUCGGGCCUCCGACAAGAGCCAAAAAUCCAAAUCUAAGAUCUUCUUCGACACCACUCUGAGUGAUAUCGGUUUCGGAUGGAAUUCCAGAAGCAGCGAGUUCAUCUGCUUCUAUCCGGGCUCUUAUUUCUUCACCUUCACCGCAAUCUCCGAUUCCGGCUCCCAUUUCAAAGCCGCUUUGAUGAAGAAUAGCGACGAAGUCGUCGUUGCUUGGGGCGAACGAGUCGGGUAUCAAUCAGCCUCCAAUUCAGUCAUUUUGAAUUUAGACAAGAACGAUCGAGUCUAUCUCAACAUCAAGGAAGGGGAAAUCUACGAAACUUCGAAAACUGGACGUGGCUACACAAGUUUCUCAGGUUUCCGAAUCUAUUAA